AUGUCAGUUACACAUGUCUUCAAAGUCGUAGACGGCCUCUCACUAGAGAUCGACGUCGUCUCCCCUCCAACCAAAGAAGAAAACAGCCCUGUUCUGCUCCAUUUCCACGGAGGCUUCCUAGUACUAGGCGAGAAAACCACCUUCCCACCCCACUGGCUAAGAAACGCCUGCCAAAAGCGAGGCUGGACAUACGCAACAGCGUCCUACCGCCUCCUCCCAGAAACCCCAGGCCACGAAAUCCUACAAGACGCAACAGACGCCGUAAAUUGGGUCUAUGCGAACAUUAGUAAACGAGUGAUAAUCGCCGGGUCCAGCGCAGGCGGGUAUCUUGCGCUCGCUGCUGCUGCGCACCCUGCAACACCGAGGCCGCUCGCUGUGCUCUCCAUUUAUGGGAUGCUGGAUCCAGCGAGUGAACGGUAUAUCCGCCCGGGUCAGCCGCUUCGUGGUCCUGUUGACGAUGAAGUGAAAGCUUUGGACGAGAUUGAGGCUGCGAUGCGGAGUGAUGCUAUUGGUGGGUAUCCGUUCCCAGUGAGCCCGCCUGUUGAUCGUCGGUUCGGGUGGAUUAGAGCUUUGCAUCAGGCGGCGUGGUAUGCGGAUGUGCUUGCACGGAAGCCCGGGUUGGCGGGGAGGAUUGCUGAUGAGGGAGUUGAGGCCGUUGAGGUGGAGGAUCGGGUGCUUUUCCCUGCGAGCUUUGGGUUAAAGGAGGGGUUUCCGCCUACGGUUCUUUUGCAUGGGGAUGCGGAUGAUUUGGUUGAGUUUGAGCAGAGUGUUGCUGUCUCUGGGGCUUUAGAAGCGUUUGGGGUGGAUGUGUCGCUGGAGUGUGCGAAGGGACAGGGGCAUGGGUUUGAGGCAAAGGAGGUUAUUGAUUUGGAUGGGGACGAGAGAUUGGGAGACAACACUAUGAUUGAUACGCUUAAGGUUUCAUAA